ACUGGUAUUUAGAGUUAAGAAUACUACAAUAUAGAAAUUAACAGAUAACACACAUGCUUUACCUGUUUUAGGAUUUUACCCAGUACCGUUAAAAUAAAAUUAUCGCGAUCCAAUACACAUAAAUAUAUUGAUAAAACUUUCUUGUUUAUAUCUAAAUAUUUUAAAGAAAUGUCUGAACAUCGUUUAGGUCGUUGGAAUAAGUUCAUAUGGUUUGUCAUCGUCGGAAUGAUAUUAACUCAUACCGGAUAUUACUUCAAAUAUGUUUCGUUAGUUUCGGGAAAAUCUUCUGUCAGUGAUAGACGGCAAGAAAAAACAACUGACAAUCAGAUGUAUAAUCAAAGUGUUACUUUAUACUCGGCGUUUAUCAAUGAAGAAUAUAGUGCAUCAGCUAAAAUCCACCCCCUUGUACGCAGACAAAUAACUGUUUUAUCCUGGCAAACUGAAAACGUUGUCGAGGAAACUUUUAAAUGUUGCAUCUUACAAGGCAAAAAUCAUGUGAUGGCAUCUAAAUCGACCAGAAGCCAUCAAUGUUGCUACAACAUGGGUUUGUUAAGGGCCAGACGCAUUGAGUGCCCACUAGUUGGGGAGUUUUCAAAACUAACUGGAGUAUCAUUAGCGAAAUGGAACAUGAGCUGCCCAACGGAUAAACUAUAUUAUAUAACACCAACAGUCCUUGAUCCAGUUCUAAAGAAAAAUAAAUGGGCUGUGUGUAACAAGUACUUCUAUGGACCUGGUCCUAAUGCAAGACUGCUAGUAGAGUGGUUUGAAAUUCAUCGCUUUGUUGGAGUAGAUAAGUUUACGAUACAUUACGAAAGUACUAUUAAUUCAACAACGAAAAAAGUUUUACAAUUCUAUCAAAAGAAAGGACUUGCAGAAGUGUUGCAUAUUGAUGCUCCUUUUAAAGAUAAAAUCAAAAGGCACAGCCACUAUCCUCGAUACGUGCUUUUCAACGAUGAACAAAUUGGACUGUGGGAUUGCAGAGAACGCCACAAAUAUUACGAGUUCUCAGCCGAUAUUGAUAGUGAUGAAUUCAUUUUACCAAAGGUUAUAAAGGAAAACGCAACUAAAAAUAUCUUGACAGAAACCUUCAGAAAGAAUCCUGUUGGGGCGGUAACCUUUUAUACACAUAUACAUAUGACCUCCUGGGAGCCAACCAAUGCCACACAUCCGCUGUUCAUAGGACAAUAUGAGAUCUCGACUGAACCAUUAAUUGAAGCGCCUAAAAAUAUGUAUAUGCCAUCUAGAAUGAAUAGUGGAGAAGGAACUAUACAUACUGUGAACCCUGCUCAAGGAUUUACCAGGAUAUUCCUGGAUCCAGGUAAAGCAGCAAUACAUCAUUUCCGGCCAUGUAGAUCAUCUUGGCUUGAGCCCUUCCUAGCAAGGAUAUUUAGGAAUGGAACUGUAACUGAAGUUAAGCUAACAUGCAGCACGUUUUCAAGGGUUCUUCCUAUAGUUAUGCAGGGACAGUAUGUUGAACAGAUUGGGAAAAUGGUCCAGCGAGUGUACUCAAGACUUGGAAUUUGAAUUCAAAUGUGGUUAUUUAUUGUCUGUAAUAAUAAUGUAGACUUUAUUUUAUAGGGACAGGUAUUUAAAAGGUAUAAUUAUUACUAUUUCAAACAGUAUAUGUGCUGUAAUACAUCUGUAUUGAAAAUUGAUGUAUGUUACCUACGUUACCUCUUCUAUACUUUGUUUUUAAAAUUUGUAUUUUGUUGUUGCGGCUUUGGUUAUGCUAAUAAGCAUUGCUUUGAUCACAGUGAACGAGUCACUUUUUCCAUAUAACAAUAUGGAGCACAGAUUUUGCUUUGUGAUUUUGCAUUCUUACAUAUUAGAAAAUCCACUGUUAAUAACUUUAUUGCUGAAAAAGAAGGGCUUAGAUCUUGGAAUGAAAAGCUAUAGGCCAGUCUCAAAUCUAUCAUUUCUAUCUAAAAUACUGGAGAAAGCACCAUUGUAUCAAAUUAUUGAUCAUUUGGAAAACAACAUCCUUCUUCCACCAUAUCAAAGCGCUUAUCGCAAAAAGCAUGGAGUUGAAACAGCAUUAAUAAAGAUGCAUGGAGACUUGUAAGAUGCCAUUGACAAUAAACAAGUCACCCUUGUUGUCUUAAUAGACCUAAGUGCAGCUUUUGACACAGUGGACAUUCCAAUUGUACUUAGAAUUUUACAGAAUGAUUUUGGACUAAGGGACCUUUGAGUUCGAUUGAAUAAUAUAUGUCAGAGAACAAUGCAGGUUGUAGUGAAUCAUAAAUUUUCCAGAGUAGGCAAUCUUCAGUUUCGGGUUCCUCAGGGGUCCUGCGCUGGUCCAGUUAUUUUUACAAUGUAUAUUGCUGCACUAAACAAGGUAGUGCGUAAUUAACCUGUUGAAUUGUAUGGAUAUGCAGAUGAUCACAAACUUGCUAUAAGGUUCUGUGCUGGAGAUGUUGACAGUGAGAGCUCCACAUUAAAUAAUCUAAAUGAGUUUCUUCAGGAUGUUAUAAUCUGGAUGAAAAAUCAUAAAUUGAAAAUGAACAGUUCUAAAACAGAAGUUAAAGUCUAUGGAACCAAAAAUCAACUUUGAAAGCUAAAUAUCUCAUCUGUUGAGGUUGGUGGAGUUCUGGUAAAAUGUGUUGAUCAUGUAAGAGAUUUGGGUGUUCUGAUUGAAAAUGACUUAAACUUUGAUCGUCACAUUAGAAAUAAAUGCCAAAUUGCCCGUUACCAACUGAAACAACUGAAUGGUAUUAGAGGCUAUUUAACAAAGAAAAACACAGAAACUUUGGUACAUGGAUUAAUACAUUCAUAUCUAGAUUUUUGUAAUGGCCUGUUCACGGUGAUUCCAGAAUAUCAGUUAGACAGAUUGCAGAAGGUACAAAAACAUGCGGCAAGAAUAGUAUGCAAACUCCGUAUUAUGAGCAUAUUACACCGGUUCUCAAAGCUUUACACUGGUUUCUUCUGCGAGCAAGAAUUAUGUUAAAAGUUAUUGCGCUUGUUUUUAGAUGUGUUGUUAGAACUGCCCCAAUUUAUGUGCAGAACAUGAUUAAAACUGUUCAAUGUGGAUAUGGUUUAAGAUCUAAAAAUAAAUCAUCACUUCUGUCAGUGCCAAGAACAAGAACUUGUUUAGCAAAUAGGUCAUUUGCGGUGAAAGGACCAAAACGGUGGAAUAAGGUACCUGACAAACUUAAUUAAAGAGGAAGAUGAAUUUAGACGUUGUCUUAAGACACAUUUAUUCUCAAAGUUUUAUUAUACUUAAAUUAUCCUUAGAUUGAUGUACAUAUGAUCAGACUUCAUAAAGCGCAUUAGAAGCUUAUUCUAGGCAUAUUUUGCGCUAUAUAAGUGUUAUUUGUAUUGUAUUGUAUUUUUAUAAAUUUAUGAAUAGCUAUGUAUUUAGAACCUAAUAUUAUAUUACACCACUUUUGAAAA